GCUCUCCGCCCGCCGCUUAUCAACCAGCGACAGCUAGCUCCGUCGAGCGCGACGCCAACCCUGCCGCCCCUUGCGACAACCGCCGAAACAGGAAGAAACCGAGCUGUUGAAAACAACGUCUCGAAUCGACGUCGUCUUUGCGUGGACGCGUUAUUGUGCUCGGUGCUUCGGUUCAGUCUACGCCUUGGUAACUUCACUAACAGCUCGUUAAUAGGAUAAAGAGGCUCGUUGCGUCGAUGCGUUGAAGCCGCGCAAGUCCAAGAAGCUAUGGAGGCAGAGAAGAUGAUGUGCUGUUGGCCCACGUGUGGGAAGCCCCUGGUUGGUAAACCCAGGGCCCGGUUCGCCAGGUGCUCCGAGUGCGCUCACCUCACCUGCCUGCAAUGCAAGGCGACACACGAGGGCACGAGCUGCGCGAAGUUUCAAGCUGAACGAGGACCGACAACGAGUCCCGUGCGCUCGCCCGUCUCAUUGGGCGCCCGAAGCAAGAGCUACGACGCGUCGUCACCCUCGAAAGGGACAAGGUCAAGCGACGGCGAGAAGGCUUCGCCACGAUCAACUCUCGCCGCGGACUUCGAGGACACGACACUGCCAAAGCCCCAAAGACCCUCUUGGGCAAACGCCUCGGCGAGCACGAGCUCGGCGGGCCCGUCCCACUCCCUGAACGUCACAGGACAGUCGACAUCGCCGAGCAAGCAGUCGGUGGUGGCUGAUCGAGUGACCAGGUCAGAAAAUCCAGGCGCAUCGGGCCCAUUGCGCAAGGCCAUCUGUCGCACCGAAGACUGUGGUUACGAAAAGCAGGUGGACGCGAGUGAGACGGAAUUGAUGUGCCACAAGUGCCGAAAGACCACCUGCCUCGUCUGCAACGCCAUACACGGCUAUAUCAGCUGUGAAGAGUAUCGGCGACAGCUCGAGGACCAAGAGGAAGAGAUCCAAGUAUGGUGCGCCGGCAAGGAUUGCAAAUAUACAGUCUACGUGGGCGCUAGUGCGCAGCAACUCAAGUGCACACUGUGCGAUAGCAUCACAUGCAUCAAGUGCCAAGCUGUGCACGAGUUCCAGACCUGCGAGGCCUACGCUCGGGUUCGCCGUCGGUCGAACGGCCCGCAGCCGCGAGAAGCGACGACCGCGACGACUGGCGGCGCCGACGAGACUCACCCGGAGGAGGAGCCCACAGUAGAAGAUAGUAGGGGGGAGAAGAGCGAGUCGCGUGACGUGCCACCGGCUUGCGUCGCCUCUGCGAAAGCACCUAUCCGCCGAGAAGCACCGAGACAGAAGGAAGUGCUUGUUCAGCAGGCAGCGAACAAGCUUCGUCCCAGCGAGACUGCGUCUGAGCGUCCGCAACCCAGAGCCAGGCAAAAGGCGACUGCUGCGGCACCGCGAGAAAAUGUCGUGAUGGUCGAGUGCUGCGCUUGCGCAGUUGAGUCAAAUAUCGAGGAAAUUGUCGAUAUCCUUGGAUGCGGCCAUUUGCUCUGCAGGGAGUGUGUUCACGCCACAGCAGUCGGCGCGCUCACAUACAUCGUGCGUUGCCCCGUCACCACAGAGGAGGGAGUCUCCUGUGACUCCUACAUCCAAGAGUCGGCGCUGAAAUCCGUGCUGAGCGAAGAAGAGUACGCGCUCCGCAAGGGACUGCUCAACUUGCCCAUCAUUCGGUGUCCGACGGAGGGCUGUUCCGGAAAGUUCUCCGUCAGGCCUGGAACACAAAGGCUCAACUGCCCGUCGUGCCAGAGCGAGUACUGCGCCGCCUGCAACGCGAACCACUCGGGCAUAACCUGCGAGCAGUUCAUUCGCGCGGUGGUUGACGACGUGGAUGGCCCGGGCACAUCGGACAACGAGUCUAGCGGCCGCGGCGAGUCUCCACUUCCCGACGAGCCUGCGUCAAGUGAGGGGGAAUCGGUGGAAUGCAACGGAUGUUUGGCCGAUACGCCACCCGAGGAUGUGAUCACUGUUGAGCAUUGCAGACACUUGAUCUGCAGGGAGUGCAUACGCAGAAACACAAUUGACAUGUCUGGGAAUGCCGCGCUCUGCCCUGUCAUUUUGGAGGACGGCACCCCGUGCAACUCUCGCGUACAAGAUUCAGCGUUGUACCCCCAGCCGCAAGGGACGACUGAGCUGGAGCUCCCGCGUCUACGGGAUCUGCUGCUUGCGCCGUUUUUUGUACCCAGAGGACUUGCUCAGAAGCAAUAAGCUGUGCUGUCCGUCCACGUGUCUGACUCGAAUUGUUUUCCCUUUUCCCGGGUUGUGCCACUUCAAUCAGUCCCCUGGUUACUCAAUUGGUAUACGACGUUUCGCAAUAAUCUCACCGCGGACGUGAAACAGCAUUCAGCGUUGUCGGCCGAUAAGGCGUGCACCAGCCUCCUCUAUAGUGAAGGGUCGCAAAGCGGACAAAUUCUCGGGCUCUCCUUCUCUUCACUCUAGUCACUACCUCUACCUCCCUCUACCAUUAUGAAUUUACGCAUAUCGAAUCAAUCAAAACGUGAUAGUGCGAUUACGUGCUUGCCCACCACAUGUCCCUCUGCGCCAGAGAGUUAUAUGUUUUCACACUGCUGAAUGCUGUAGCCUAUCGCAGUAUUGCCGUAGUAGUCAUCGUUUCUCUUACUUAAACGCCAGAGAAUUGCUAGGCAGCAUGUACAACUAAGGGCAUUCUGUUCUGUGUACGGGGGUUGUGGUGGAGUGAUUGAGGUAGACAGUUCCUUGGGUACUCCAUGUCUGUAUGUAGUGAGAGUAAAUGAACAGGAAAUAAAAGCGCUAAGGUAUAUGAACAACUAAGACAAUAACUACGUUAAUACAAAAUACUAAACAAAAGGCAACUUGGCCAUAGUCUUGUAUUUAUGAUGGCAUCAAGUGCUGCAUAAGCUUUCUGCCUGAAAAAGGUGCAUGAAAGACGUCGUUGAAUACGUAGUUGGGUAUAUUGUCUAAAAAAAUGACUGCAGAGUCGUGAAAAAGCCAUGAAUUAGGAGAAUAUCGGCGCCAGAUUGAUUGCACAACACUACUGAAAUACAGUGGUGUAGAAACUCUAGACGCCCAUAACUGAUCGAUAUAGACAGGAGAAUUUGCCUGAAUUGAGUAUGUCGGUUCUCGUUAAAACAGUCCCUCACAACAUUGGUGCAACGCAGAGAUGUGAAGCAACUUGCUUAAGACGCACUAGUGGGCAAGUUUGUAUAUGAUAGCUCGUGGUAACGCACAUCAAGAACAAGGACGAAGCGUACACAUAAAGAGACAGACAUAGACGUAAGCAUUGGCAAACAAACGCAUGUACUCUCUUCAACGCAUGCGUUAAAUCGCUCGUCGAUAAAUCUAAGGACAAUGGAAGUCUUCGUGGGGUAUACAGAUUGCAAAAAUCGAGUCUGAUAUAGUAGAAUUGAUCACACAGGAUCAAAAAAGGAACGUAUUAUUUUUUACAAGCCACAUUUAGUACCCUAAAAACUUUCCUUAUGCGGCAGUGCAACCGAAGGGUAACUUAUUCAAUCUUUCUUCCACUUAGCGCUUGCGUCUAUGUUCAUAUUUAUGUGGCCGUUUGAUCCUUGUUUUUGAUGCGUGCUGCCAUGAGCUAUGUGACGCAAGCAAGAGCGUAAAGAACAAAAAAAAAUCUAUAGAAACACAAGAGGAAAGCGGUUACCACUGGAAAGAUAGCAGAAAUAAAUAUCGACACAGCUCAACACGAUUACGAUUGAGACGUGUGCGCGGCAUUCAACGUAACAAUAUUGAUAACGCCUUGAGUGCAUGUUCGAACCACGAACACGACGCGGGCGUCAUUUGAAUAGACUGGACUUCAUCUUCACUACAUUCACUUGAACAUAGUUGGGAAGUGAGAAUUGCACAAUUAAUGUUUUCUACUAUAAUUUGGGGCGUUGGAAUGUAUGCGAGCUUGACGUUGCCCCUACAUGUGAUAUGGAGCGUGUUGUUUCUUUUUUUAUGAACAGUCACAUGUAUCAAUCAGGUGCUUGUCGCGAGCUUUACAUCGUAAAUUAUCACGCACGAGUGAUAACCUUUCUGUUUAUGAAAUAAAGAGUGAAAUACGA